UUCAUUAAAUGCUAAACCAUGACCUGUCAUGCCAUCUUCUUAGGAAGGUGAUGUGUUUUGUUUUCAAAACAGUCUCCACUCUGCAUUAAAGAGAGCAAAGUCUUAUGCUUCGUGGUACUGAAGAGUACAUUGGGCUGAACCCCUUUUGGGGUGUAUGGCUAAACGGUACUGGCAAAGCCAUAAUGGUGAGAAGCCUCUGCUGGUCUCACAAGGUUUUACUGGUUUGGUGGGUGAAACAAAUUUAAUCAGACUUCUGUUAAUUUCAUGUCUUUUACCUAGUAAGCUGUUGGAUAUAGUUUUAGGGCAGUAAUCGUGAGAAUCCUUUGCCAGUCUGGCAUGGUUUUAUGUAGAUGGUGGGUGAAGACAGACUGGGAGGAGAGAGUUGCCAAACACCUGGCCCUGUUGCAUGUGUUGCAAAUGUUUUUGCAGUUCAGCUUGUCAGGUUGCUUUUUGUAAAAGUGUGUUUCAGAAUUAGAUAUUGAAAAGCCGCCUAGGGAUGGUCCUGGGCAGGUUGCCAGGUGGCCCUUCUUGAGCAGGGGUGGUUGAACCAGGUGCUGUCCAAUGAUUAGAGAAGACCUCCUCCUUCCUUGUGGUGCGGUCAUCCCGUAACCUGUCGGCUUGGAGGAAGAAGGAUCCCUGUCUACACCAUGACUUUUCAAGAGCCGGAGAAUGAUAAUAGCAAUUGUUGCUACUUGUGGGCUGUUAAGUCUACCCAAAAGCAAAGGCAAUGUUUUGAGUUUACACCUGGUGCAGUUAACAUUUGGUGAUCGAAAAAGUUUGGCAUCCAACAAAGUCGUGUAUGAGAUAAGUGGAGCACGUCUGUGAGAAGGUGAAAACUGGUUUGGAAUGCUGUAAAGAAAGGUUCAGUUUAGAUCUUGCGAGUGGAAUUCUUCCCUGGAGAAGGCAAACCAGCAAUAUUAAAUUACUGAGCUGUCAGACCAUAGAAGACUUCUAUGACAAUGUUAACAUAGAGGAUAAUACUCAUGAAGGGCCUUGUAACACUGAUACAAGGAUUUUGGCUUCUCGAUCACCAUGAUUAUGAAUAGUCUAUGUACUUAUCCGAAGAAGGCCAGUCUUCAACUUUUACAGAAAUCACUGGCCCACCUCUGCCAUCAAGAAACAAUGCAAGUAGCACCGUGGCUCCAGAUGCGAAUUAUUCAGUCGCUCGUUUGCCAAGGACAGCAUAGGCAAGCACUCAAGUACCUACAGCAUAUGAAGCCAUCAGUGUCAACCUGUAGCGAAGUGCAGCUUUGCGUCACUGUGUUGUUGUCUAAUAGGUGUGUGGUGGAGUCUUGGGCUCUUUUGCAGCAACAUACCGCAGAGUUAAACAGAGAAGAGCUCUUAGAACACAUGUGCAAAAGCUGCCAGGAGAUGGGACUAGUGGAAGAAUUCCUGAAGCUUCCUUUCACCAACACUGAACUAGAGUGCAUGAGGUCCUUUUUACGGACCAGGGCUUGUAUUCCAGCCAACGAAGUUCUUCCAGUCCGCAACCAACAGAGUGCCUGCUAUUGGCCAGCAGUCCAGCAGAAUCAACCAAUGAAGGUUAAUCUCGCCAGCUACAGAACCACCAGCCAAGAGACGGCCUCCCUCGAAUGUGGAGUUGUGUAAUACAUUUCUUAUGACACCAGC